AGCGUGUCUGUGAACACUUUCCAACGUUGACUGUCGCAAAGCUAUCAACAAAUUUCUAGUUGCUUGUCCAGCGUUCAUUGGUAGACUUGAGCUUUGCUUGAAGAUCGUCGACGGGUUAUCAUAGCAACGCUCGCAUGUAGGAUCAAUCACUACAACUGCGCAUCACACUGGAUAGACUUCAAUUGCGUCGACUGUUACACCAUAAUGACUACACGACGAGAUGCACACUUUCCUGCCACCUCGAUUGGACGCGUCCAGGGUGCAUCUAUUGCAAGGACUGCCUCUCGUGACAAUCUCACCACCCAUCCACUCCUCUCUGCUGGUCCAUCUUCCCUUUCACCCAGUCCCACACCAGAAACUCAGUCUUCUUCAACACCAAAGUAUGCGCCAUACACGCCAAGACAGAGAUUGCCUACGACUAGUACCACUGCCCAACCGCCAGUCUCAGUCUCUCCGCAGCACCAACUUACGGGCGGCGCGACUAGCAAGCUUCAGCUGAUGAACCUCAAGGCCGCGGCACAGGGCAUUGGGCUCGAUACUGCAUGUCUUGGCUGGGCUAUGUUGGAAAAACUGAGCCAAGAUGGUGAGACAGAAGAGUGGGCUGAAAUCUGGGGUGCUAUUACCAAGGGCAAGGCGUCUCUGUUACUCCCGCUUGAGCAAUCUUCGAGCCAGGAGAAGAUCACGCCCGAGUUCAUGUCGGAUCAUGUGGUCAUGUGCGAUCUUUUAUCCCGUGAAAACACUCAAGUGGUCACACUUUCUGGUCUACGGGGACACUUAUCCAGCGAAACUUUGACCUUUCGCUCCUCGCUCCCACCGACAAAGUUUCACGACAUCACUCUCUCAUCUCUUCCACCACUCCCUUCAAUCCCACCAGACUCUGCAUACCCCUCAUAUGCAGUACCAGCACACAGCACCUCACUCCCAAUCCAAGUCCGUCCACAAAAGCCACCCCUACCCCCACGGCCUAUACCCGCCACCCAACCUUCCCGACUCGCCAUGCCCUUCGCUUCUCUAUUCGGCGGCAAGCCCAUGACCACACCCCCAACAAUCGCCGCUACCCUCCCACCCAUGCAGACACCAUUGCCUCCUGCAGAGGAUCAUCCGACACUCAUCAGCGCAUUCAGUAUUUCCCGUGCGGUACAUCGACAUGAUGUGAUGCGUGACGUUCUAGCUGCGCUCAAAUCUGAGCUCACGUCAACUCUUGAAACGACUGGUGUCCCAGCAAUGAUUAUAGAACGCGUACAAUCCUUUGCAUCUCCAUUGCUUCCGUUCGUUAGAGGUCCAGCUGGGAAGAAGAAACUUCACGAUAUCGGCGCAAGCCCGAGUAGACACGGGACAUGGGCCGUUAAUCUGGAUGCAGGGAAGGAUCGCCCCGAAGAAUUGGCUGAGAAAUUCCAGGAAUUUUAUCUAGAAUUGGAGAGAGAAAUACGGAUUGAGAUCGAGAAAGAGAAAGGAGAGGCAUCGGAAGAAGAGCAAGAGUCCAGGGUCAAGGAAGUCGUUGAAGUGGUCGAGGGGACUCUAUCUACUCUGUUUUACGAUCGGCUAUUCCUCCCAUCUCACUCUGACGAUGCCCCACAUGACGAGGCACUAUCAAGCCACAUCGCAGCUCUCAACCUUCUUGACCUCGGGCUCGAGCAUCUUGAUGUUGACGUUGGCAGUGCAGGAUCCGAGAUCGAUGUCGUAGUCCGAGCAUGUGGAGAGACAUUAUCUCAGCUAGACAUCGCCUGUAGAUCUCCCGGUGACAAAGCCGCUGUGCUGGUUGCGGCGCACAAGAUCGUAGUAGAUGGUCUUUCCCGCCUUCCUCCAAUUAAACUCAGCAAUGGCGAUAAACAGCGCGAAGAACCCGAACCGAAAGCUGUGGAUGGCCCGAUCGUGGCGUCUCCUAAUGUGACAUCCUCACCAGAUCCACAACUUGAUGGGGAUGCAGCUCGCGGGUCACCUGAGAAGUUGUCUGAGGUCUCAUCCCCACAGCCACCAUCUUUGACUACGACGCCCUCCGAUAUCCACCACCACACCCCCUCGCCCCAAGUAAGCAUCUCCCCCGUCCAGGAACCGACAACAGUCUCCGGUGACGUCCUCCUCCCACUACUCAUCUUCGCCGUUGUCAAAUCAAACCCCGUACGCCUCGUCUCGCAUCUUCUGUUCACACAGCGGUACCGCAAUGCUGCGUUCGCUGGUGGAGAGGAAAGAUAUUGUUUGAUUAAUUUGAUGGCUGUCGUAGAGUUCUUGGAGAAUGUGGAUCUUGGUGCUGUGGGUGUUGGGGAGGGUGUUGGUAUUGUUAGCACCGCAGACCUCACUCCAAUCCCAAUCGUACGCACCACACUUCCACCAGACGCACCUGCAGAUGCGCCCGGCAGCCUCCGCGGACGCGUAGAACAAGGUGUCGACGCCAUCGCUGGGUCCGCUAAUAAAGUAAUCACGGGCGUCGUAGACAGCUCAUUCGGCGUCCUCCGCUCUUUCCUACCAUCUGCACCAACCGCAACAUCUGCUCUUACUUCAGCAUCUGCCGUAAACCCAACAUCUACGUCUGCCCCUGCUACAGAGACCAGCGACGCGCGGUGGAACAUGGGGUUGUUGAGGCGCGAGAGCGGGUUUUCGAUUGCGAGUUUGGUGCCUGGAAGGAAGGGAGAGGGGAAAGGGGAGGAGGGGCAGAGGGAGCUCGUGGAUGUGUCGUCAAGGCCGGGGUCUAUACGCUCGAUCUAUGUGAAUCAGGAUGUGGGGGUGGAUGGGACUGAGGAGGAGAGCGACGAGAGCGACGACGAUGACGACGAAGAGGGCGAAGAGGAAGACGAAAGUGAGGAAGAGGAACAUGCACCCGAUGCAAGAAGCAUUCGAAGCUUUGAGAGCAUGCUGAGCGGGGAUAGCGGGAGGGCACGAAAGAAGAAAAAGAAGCUUGCUGGGCUGAGUAGGAAGAGCUUGACGGAUCGCCUGGCGCAGGUGCCAGGGUUGUCGAGGCUUUCUGGAACGGAUCCGCAUAAGACGGCAUCACCCCCCAUCACACGCUCCUCGUUGCUACUUCCCUCACACCACAACCGGUUCGACUCACCAACAUCAUCACGCGCGCCGUCUCCCAUCUUGAUACGGCUUCCUGCGCCUAAUAAGAGGUUUAUGGAGUGUGCCGAGGAUGAUUUGAGGGUGUCAGAGGUGGGAGAGUUGUUAAGGGAGUAUAAACGAUUAGUAGAAUGUGUGCGGGCUAUGGGUGGGAUACCGGUGAGCAGCGCAUGGUCAAUAUUCUGGAAAGCUGCGGCGACACAUAAUCUCGGAUCCUUCACUGACGUCGAUAAGCAAGCUCAAGCUUAA